GUCACCGCACUCACAGUGGUGCCCACCAUCAGCUAAGCAAAGCAGGCCAUCUGCCAAAGUCUACCUGUGUCCAUCUAACAAAGCCAGCCGGGUGGUCCGUGUUCUUGAUUAAGCUGUCUGCAAUCAUCAUGGCUGCCGCCAUCAUGGCAGGUCUGCUGAUACUCCUCGCUGCCGUCGCCGCUCCGGCGCACGCCAAGGAUUACACCGUCGGCGACUCGUCCGGGUGGACCAGCGGCGUCGACUACACCACCUGGGCGAGCGGCAAAACCUUCGCUGUUGGCGACAACCUAGUGUUCCAGUACAGCAUGAUGCACACGGUGGCGGAGGUGAGCUCCGCGGACUUCAACGCGUGCUCGGCCAGCAACGCCAUCCAGUCCUACAGCGACCAGAACACCAAGAUCGCGCUCACGGCGCCCGGCACGCGCUACUUCAUCUGCGGCACGGCGGGCCACUGCGGCAACGGCAUGAAGCUCGCCGUCACGGUCCCCGCUGCGGCCGCCACCACCCCGCCGGCGUCGUCAUCCCCGCCCACCACGCCGGCGGCGCCCGGCGCCGACACGCCUCCGGAGACGACCACGCCGUCCACGUCCACGCCCACCGCGACGUCGCCGCCCACCGCGACCAAGCCCACAUCGAGCAGCGCUGCCGCUGCCUGCGGUGGGGAGGCCCGGCUCGCUAUGGGCAUGUUGGCCGGCGCCGCGGGCCUCGCUGGGCUCGCCCUGAUGGGCUAGGCAAGAGGCAGUGCUGUUUCCAUGCUUUUCCCGUUGGUUGUUGGAGGCUUGUGGGCUUCUGGCCCAUUGUGUUUAUUUACUAUUUAUUACGCACUCUGAAUUUCACGUUUAUGCUCGCGAAUGGCUUGUUCGAGACUCCGGCUGUAUAAAUGUACGAUCAUUCUUACUCCUUGGUUCUUA